CCCGAUUUUGGUCACGAAGAAGAAAGAGAGCCACCCUCCAUUUCCUGUUCCGGGUCUCGUCUCUGAAACGUUGUGUGAACGGCGCGACCAGAUAGAAAGUUUUUAUAGAAAACUUAGCAGUUUGACGUUUUUUCUUUUACGUUCUUUUUCGUUUACUUCUUAAACCUGAUCAUUUAGCUUGUCUGACUUUUACGGCAUAAGUGGUGUAAGGAUCAAGACAGAAUAGAGAGGAUCUGGAGAUGUCACUUCCAAAGCGGGAGGUGGAGGAGUUGAGGCCAUGGGUGGAGCGCACGGUGAAGAAGGUGCUGGGUUUCUCUGAGCCCACCGUGGUCACCGCGGCUUUGCAUUGUGUUGGGAAAGGACUAGACAAAAGGAAGACCAUAGACCAGUUGCGUCCAUUCCUUGAUGACUCUGCUGGAGGUUUUGUGGAACGUCUUUUUGAAGCGUUGGAGGAGAGCCGCAGUGCCCGUGGCAACAAAGGCACAGGAGAAAAGAAUCGCAAGAGAGACCUAAAGGAUGUGUUUGGUGAUGAGACUGAAACAGCUGCAAUGCGGGAAAUUCCCGAGGCAGUAGAUGGGACAGUAGCAAAGCGGAAACGGGUCCCUCGCUUCGAGGAGGUGGAGGAGCCUGAGGUCCAACCAGUACCUCCCUCUGAGAACCCUAGCAUGCUCACCAAAACGCAGAUCAAACAGAUGAUGGAGGCAGCAACAAAACAAAUAGAAGAGAGGAAGAAACAGCUGAGCUUUACCUCACAUCCUACCACCCCACGGUUGCCGCUUCCUACAUCACAGUCACAACUAGAUGCCACUCCAUUGUCACGGCUUUGGGCUCCCUGGUCGUGGCUUCGGCGCUCUUCCAGUGCAGCUGCUUUUGCCCCCUCCCAGGCUGCCAGCUUUAUGAAUGAUGCUAUCGAGAAAGCCCGCAAGGCUGCUGAGCUACAAGCACGCAUCCAGUCCCAGUUAGCCAUGAAACCUGGUAUCCUCGGAGCCUUGGGGAACACUGGGCCUCACAACCUCGUUGCACUAGCAAAUCUACACGCCAUGGGAAUUGCUCCACCGAAAGUAGAAGCUAAAGAAGUGAAUAAGCCAACACCUCUUAUCCUGGAUGAGAAGGGAAGAACUGUGGAUGCGAGUGGCAAAGAGGUUGAACUCACACAUCGCAUGCCCACACUGAAAGCUAACAUUCGAGCAGUUAAAAGGGAGCAGUUCCGUCAGCAGCUGAAGGAGAAGCCUGGGGAAGAAUUGGAGUCCACGUCCUACUUCGACCAACGUGUGUCUAUUACACAAGCUCAGCGUCCUCGCAGGAGCUUCAAAUUCCAUGAACCAGGGCGCUUUGAAAAGAUUGCUCAGAGAGUUAGAACUAAGGCCCAGUUGGAAAGGUUGCAGAAUGAGAUUGCCCAGGCAGCAAAGAAGACAGGAAUCCAGGCAUCCACUAAGUUGGCACUGAUUGCCCCCAAGAAAGAGAUUGGAGAAGGCGAGGUGCCUAACAUUGAGUGGUGGGACUUGUACAUCCUGCCCUCCAACGUAGAAAUAAUGCCAGACACUAAAUUUGAAUCCCUGGAGUUAUUUGGUGUCACCAACCUGGUAGAACAUCCUGCCCAAAUGUGUCCUCCAGUUGACACAGACAAGCCAGUAACGCUGGGUGUAUACCUGACAAAGAAAGAACAGAAGAAACUGAGAAGACAGAUGAGAAGGGAGUCCCAAAAAGAACUGCAAGAGAAAGUCCGUCUGGGACUGAUGCCUCCACCAGAACCCAAAGUACGAAUCUCCAACCUGAUGAGAGUUCUGGGGACGGAGGCGGUUCAGGACCCUACGAAGGUGGAAGCCCAUGUCAGAGCGCAGAUGGCCAAGAGACAGAAGGCGCACGAAGAGGCCAACGCAGCUCGUAAACUCACAGCAGAGCAGAGGAAAGAGAAGAAAGUCAAGAAGUUAAAAGAAGACCUCACUGACGGUGUUCACAUUGCAGUGUACAGGAUCCGUAACCUACAAAAUCCUGCUAAGAAGUUUAAGGUUGAGGCCAAUGCCAACCAGCUGUACCUGACAGGCACAGUAGUUCUGCACAGAGACGUCAACCUUGUUGUUGUGGAGGGAGGCCCCAAAUCCCAGAAGAAGUUCAAGAGGUUGAUGAUGCACAGAAUCAAAUGGGAGGAACACAACAGUAAGAGAGAUGAUCCAGAUGGUGAUGAUGAUACAAAGAGAAACAACAAAUGUUGGUUGAUUUGGGAGGGAACAGCUAAAGAGCACAGUUUUGGGGACAUGAAGUUCAAGCAGUGCCCCACAGAGAGCAUGGCCAGAGAACACUUCAAGAAACAUGGCACAGAACACUACUGGGACCUAGCUCUCAGCCAUAGUGUCCUGGAUGGCACAGAUGACUGAAACCUGCUUGUAGUUUCAGUCAGCGCUCUUGCCCUCCUAUAAGACUCCAGAACACGCCUCACAGCCCACCGACCUCACUGGCUACGUUCAGUUGGGGACAGACAAACAUAAUCAAGAGAUCUGAACAUAAAAAGGAGGAACAAUAAAUGUGUGGAUGUUUUUGUGAGAAUGUGUGAAAGAGCAUUGUGUGUGUAGGACAGUAUGCGUGUGUAUUCCUGCAUCAGUGUUCAUCUCCUAAAUUGUAGGUUCUUCUGUGUGGUAUUAUCUGUUAUUGAAUACAAUUUGACAGACUACACUGUGUGAUGUAAAUGAGUUACCCAAGGCUUUACGUGAUGGCGAUUAAUUGUCAGAUUAUAUUAUGACUUAGGUUUUGUAAUGAUAUCCAUGCACAGUGAUGAUAAUCCCUGUUUGAGUCAAGCAGUUAAUAAAAGCCGAACCUUCAGGGCACUACACAUUUAGAAUAAACCUGGAAGUCAUUACAGGUAAUAUUCUCAACAGUUAGUUUAAAAAACACUUUUUUUUUCUUUUGGUGAAAUGAGCAAAGCUUUGACUCGCUUGUAGCUAAAUUUCUCUGUAACCUUGCAGUCACAGCCUUAAAUAAACAACAUUCAACCGACUUGUCUCCGUUUAUCCUGUAA